AUGGUGCCACUAAAGACGGUCAAGGAGGUACAGCGGCUCACCGGGCGGAUAGCAGCUCUGGAGAGAUUUGUCUCUAGGUCGGCCGAGCGGUGCCUCCCAUUCUUCAGGAUUCUCAAGCGACCGAAGGACUUCUUGUGGUCGCAGGAGUGCCAACAAGCUUUUGAAGAGCUUAGAUGCCUUCUCGCCUCUCCAUCGCUGCUCACCAAACCUCAGCAGGGCGAGCUCCUCUACCUGUACUUAGCUGUCUCCCCGGUUGCAGUGAGCUCAGUCCUAGUCCUGGAGGAGGACAAGCUUCAAAAGCCUAUCUACUAUGCCAACCGGGUCCUCAGAGAUAUUGAGACCCGAUAUUCUAAACUAGAGAAAAUAAUUUUCGCCCUAAUCAUCUCAGCUCGGAGACUCCGACCCUACUUCCAAGCCCACACAGUGGCUAUCUUGACCGACCAACCAAUGAAGCAGAUUUUACAACGGUCGGACCGUGCCGAGAGAAUUGCUAAAUGGGCAGUCGAGCUCGGAGAGUUCGAUCUCGAAUACCGCCCAAGGCCAGUAAUCAAAGCUCAGGCGCUCGCCGAUUUUAUCGUGGAGUGCACUUUGCCAAACGACCCCGAGCACCCACUCAUACCAAUGGAGGAAACCCCGAGGCCACCCUGGGCCCUACGCCUUAAAUUCCCUGCCUCGAACAAUGAGGCGGAAUACGAGGCACUCAUUGCUGGGCUCAAAUUGGCAAAGGAGCUGAAGGUCGAAGACCUAAAAGUCUACAGUGACUCCCAGCUGGUUGUGAGCCAGGUCCUGGGAGAUUUUGAAGCAAAAGAGCCGUCGAUGCAGAAUUAUCUCCAGAAGGUGCGAGACCUCACCUCUACCAUAAGCACCUUCAACAUUCACCACAUCCCCAGAAUGGAGAAUCUUAGGGCCGACCAGCUAUCGAAAUUGGCGACCUCCCGCAUGAGUGAGCUCUCCAAAACGACGGUGCUCGAAUAUCUCCGAACACCCAGCACAGAAGAACUUGAGCUAGCCAUGUGCAUAGACACCGAGCCGAGCUGGAUAGAUGAGCUCGUCAACUAUCUACAAAAUGAAGUCCUCCCCAACGACGAGCUCGAAGCUCGCCGGAUCAGGCGCCAAGCUUUCCGAUUCAUACUAUAUGAAGGCAAGCUCUACUGA